GACACAGUACCUCCCACCAGAUAGAUUCAACUCAUACAGUGUAGUUUCGCGAGUUCCGGAGCAGUUGAGCCGCCAUUCACGGAUUGAAAUGGCAGCAAAAAUAUAUAUUUUGAUCUUCAUUAGUGUUGCCUUGUUGAAUGGCGAUUUUGUUGAUGGGAAGCGCCCUCAAGUUUUUAGAAGUCACCUGCGCUGGCCCUCAUCACAAAACAGUUAUCUUGUGGAAGAGUUGCUGAGACAUGGAUUCGUGAACGACAAAAACGAAUUCGUGAAGGAUAAGAUAGACGAAGAGUUUGCAACUUGGACGCAUCGAGAGAAUUUGCCGGAAAUCAUUGGGGGAUUAAAACACUGCGUAGACAAAGUGAUCGCCGAAGGACGCAAUGGUAACCUUGACGCAUACAUUCAGUGUGUAGACAGCAACGAGAAUGUCCAAAUGUUGUACUCUCCGCGGAAUUGAUCUCCCAAUAAGUAACUUUCUUCCAUACAUAAAUGAAAUAAAUGAAUG